AGGACCCUAUACCACAGAAGUGAUGUCCUAGAGACGGUUAUACUGGUCAACCCGUCAGAAGAGACGGUUACAUCAGAGAUCCAGUCUCUGGUCACAGACUCAGCAGGACAUAAGCUCCUGGUCCUGAGCGGCCAGAGCUCAGAUCACGGUGACCUUCUCCUUCAAACCGGGCUCUUCACCUACCAGACCUUUUCACAACUCCUUACUGACCCUCGGGUCAGUGAUUUACUGGGCAGAGUAGCACCCAAGCAGCCGGCUACACUAACUGUGUCCAGCCGUGGGGAGGUGGGCUGGAGCUCCUUGGGACAACAGAAACAUCUCCAGGACUUUCUAGAAUACAGAGUGAACCCUGAGCCUGUGCUGCCCAAAAUGGAGGGCGUGUCCGAGUUCACAGAGUACAUCUCUGAGACUGUGGACGUCCCCUCACCGUUUGACCUCUUGGAGCCACCCACCUCUGGAGGGUUCCUGAAACUUUCCAAGCCAUGUUGUUACAUCUUUCCCGGAGGGAGGGGAGAUUCCGCCCUCUUUGCUGUGAAUGGAUUCAACAUAUUGGUGGACGGAGGCUCGGAUCGCAGAUCAUGCUUCUGGAAGCUCGUCCGUCACUUGGACCGCAUUGACUCGAUACUACUCACACACAUUGGAGCUGACAAUCUACCAGGCAUCAAUGGGCUCCUUCAGCGCAAAGUAGCAGAGAUGGAAGAGGAGCAGUCCCAAGGUUCCACCAAUUACAGUGAGUGGAUGAAGAACCUGAUCUCGCCAGAACUUGGCGUUGUGUUCUUCAAUGUACCAGAGAAGCUACGCAUGGCUGAAUCAAAUCUCAAGGUCAAGCGCAGCAUCGAAGAAGCCUCACUUACAUUACAAUAUCUGAAUAAACUGGGAGUGAAGCCAGAACCUCUUUGCAGAGUGGUCAGCAACACCAUUGAACCCAUCACCUUGUUCCACAAAAUGGGAGUGGGCAAGUUAGACAUGUAUGUUCUGAACCCUGUAAAAGAUAGUAAAGAGAUGCAGUUUCUAAUGCAGAAAUGGGCUGGUAACAGUAAGGCAAAGACUGGUAUCUUGCUCUCUAAUGGCAAAGAGGGGGAAAUAUCUGUGCCCUAUCUGACAUCAGUCACAGCCUUAGUUGUUUGGCUCCCUGCCAACCCAUCUGAAAAGAUUGUUAGGGUGCUCUUUCCUGGAAAUGCACCCCAAAACAAGAUUCUGGAAGGCCUAGAUAAAUUAAAGCACCUUGAUUUCCUGCGUUAUCCAGUAGCGACACAGAAGGACAUCGCUUCAGGAACUCCACCACCUGUCAUAAAACAGAGCAAGCUGAAGCAAAGAACAGACAGCAAAGAGAGUCUCAAAGCCUCUCCCAAAACCACUGCAAAACCCUCCAAGAAAGAAACUGAUGGAGAAGAUGAAGUUCCAGCUGCCGCAGAGGUGAAGACUGAUUCUGUAAAGGACAAUAAGGAAGAGAAAAAAGAGGAGAAAAAGCCCAAAACUUUGAAAUCAAAGUCUGAGGUACCAGAGAAGAAGAAGCUGUUAAAGGAGAAAUCCUUAAAGAGGCACUCAAAGGAAAGGACAUUGAAAAUGGAUGAAAAAAAGGACAAGGAAAAGAAAGAGAUCAAGAAAGUAAAAAAGGAUGACCCCCUGAAAAAAGAUGAAAAGAAGGAUGGAAAGAUUAAAGAUGCUAAGAAGAAAGACGCAUCUAAGCCCGAGCUGAGAAAGAUUACAAAGCCUGACCUGAAACCUCUGACACCAGAAGUAAGGAAGACCUUGCACAAAGCUAAAGUUUCAAGUAAAGCCAAGACUGGCAAAGUCAAAGCAACCAAGGCACAGCCUGCUGAACCUAAACCAGUGGAGAAACCAGUCGCAGAAACUGAACAGCCUACGACAAUACAGAAUGGAACUACUGAAGGCCUGUCUGCCUCAUCCAGCCCAGAAGAUCUUACCAAGGCUUUUGAAGAUCUAAAGCAAACAGGAACUGUAUCCUCAGAACAACUUGAAAUUGCUGAAGUUGCAGAGGAGCCAACAGCACAAGAAACCAAAUCGGAAAUUCUACCUAGCACCUUGUCUUCUGAAAAGGUAUUGGCCUCAGAAGUAAAGGCAGAGGCUGAUGCUGGAGUUGAAGAUAAACAAUCAAACCAAGUGAGAGAGGAAGAAUUAGAGGCUGAAAAGUUUGAGGAUGAAGGAGCAGCCAUUGAUGAUGAGGUGGAGGAUGAGGAGGAGGAAGAGGGAGAUUCCCCAACUGCUCAAAGGGAAGCAGCAGAGGAAGAGGAAGACAUGGGCAUAGGAGAAGAAGAAGAUGAUAGCCUUGAUAGGAAGCACGAAGUAGAAGAAAUGGAGAAAGCAAAGCUUUCUACUAUGUUGGAAAAACAAGACUUCAAACUGGCUCAUUCCAAGGAGGAGGAAGAGGAGGCAGAAGAUGAAGCUAUUGAAAAGGCAGAGUUAGAGGAGGUAGAAGACUUGGAUGUAAUAGCAGACGAGGAGAUCAAGGACAAACCUGAAGAUACGGAAUUGGACCACAUCAGCCAGGUGGUUGAACAACACAAGGCAACCGAGUUUGGAGCUUCAGCCAAAGAGGAUGACGAUGAGGAAGGAUACCUGUCACAUGUUGAUGGAGCCACAGCUCCGAUAACCUCAGUGGCUCAAGAGGCUGGUGUCGCUGCUGCCUACAUUCAAGAUGAUAAUAUUCCUGCUGCAGAACCUAUUUCCUACAUUCAAGAUGAGACUAUUCCUGGGUACUCUGAGACAGAGCAGACCAUCUCUGAUGAGGAGAUUCAUGAGGAGGCAGAGGACAGAAUACCACACCUUCAGUAUGAUGUUGGUACCUAUGACAUCUCUGUUCCAGACCAGACUGGCUCCUUUGUAAAUAUUCAUGGAAUGAAAGAGAUACAAGCUGCUGCCGUGUCAGAUAAAGGUUUUAUGCCUGGUAUACAGGAGCAGGUGUCUGCGUAUACCAACAUCAUUGCUGCUCCAUUGGCAGAAGAAGAGCAUGUGUCCUCUGCGACCUCCAUUACAGAGUAUGACAAAAUAUCCUCACUGCCAACCUCUAUUGCCGAAGACCUGGCGCCGGCCGUAGCACCACAAAUUGAAGAAAUAUGUAAAAGCUCUUUAGAAAUGGAUACUGUGAAAAGUGUUUCCCUUCCAAAACCGACUGAGGCAAACCAGGGAACCAGGGACGUCCCAUACUCCGCUGGGACUGUGUCACCAAUAUCCUCUUUGGAGGAUGACAAGUGCUCCAAGUCUCCAUCUGACGACGCAAACCGUGGUUUCUCUGGAGUAAGCACAGAUGCUGAAGUUACUGAAGCUCAUAGUGAGGAAGAAGAGGAUGAGGAGGAAGAAGACCAGACUCCCAACAUUGACAUGUCACUUGAAAAACUUCAAGAGAGCUAUGCCCGCCCACAACUAUUGAAGGACAAAGAAACGCGCAUUGAACCCACCCGUGAUUUAAGUUCAAAACCGGUUGAUAGCAAACCUGUGCACCCACCAGUAGAAGAGGAAUGCGUGCAUUCAAUUGCUGCCAAGGAAGUUUCCUCUGUUGUGCCCACAAGGCCAUUUGGAUCAGGUUCUAUAACUUCAGAGAGUGAGGAGCGCUGCUUUAGUCCAGACGACAGCACUGUGAAGAUGGCUUCACCACCACACUCUGGCCCCCAAAGUCCAGCUCAUUCUCCACUACGCCACUCACCAGUCAGAUCCUUCCCUGAGCAAGAGUCGCAAACACAAGAACAUAUUCCUGAUGUUGUCGUCAAGGGUGAGGACCGUGCUGCAAAGAAAGAUGAUACAGACAUAGAAGUAAAGACACACACGGUAGAAAUAGAACAAGUAGGUCCAAAAAAGUCAGAAGAGUUGUCACCAACGCUAGAUAAAUCAUUUGAGGUCUCCAAAGAGGUUGCAGAGCCAGAGAAAACAAUUUCCCAAUUGUCAAAAGGAAAAGACAAGCUUGAAGAGAAAAUGCAUCCUACUGCUGCAGCAAUAACAGAGAAAGCUGAUGCCACCCUGUUAGUAAAGGAUUCUACCACUGAAGUCCUUUCUGACGUGAACAACUGCCCCACACAAAUUGCAGCCAAAGAGGAAAGCCUUUCCUCUAAAUCAGUCAUCAUUGAGGAACACAGUAAAGAUAAGUCUUCUACUGUUAAAUUGGUCACAGAAGAAAAGGACCAAGGUAUUGAUACUUCUACAAUUAGUUCUACAGAAAAAGAUGGGCAGGCUUUCAGCAAGAGUGAUAGCUGUGCUGCUGAACCAACCAUAGUCGAACAAAAACUGGUCAUGGAUGAUGAUAUUCUUAUUAAACCAUCUACACAAGAGGACAAAGAUCAAGAGAAUAGUAAAACGGAUAGUGCUCCAGUCAAACCUCCAGAGAUGGUCAAGGGUUUCAAUCUGAAUGUGGAUACAACUUGUGGCUUCAAAUCACCUACCAUGGAUUCCAAACAGGAAUUUAGAGAUGAGAGCAUUACUGAUCCUACCACUACUGUUAAACAUCCUUAUUUAACAGGAGAUGAUGAUGAAGCAAAUACAGAGGAUUUCAAUGCUACAACACCAUCCAAUGAAAACGUGCAAGGCAGUACUUCAGAUACAGAGCACACUAUUCAGCCAGAGAGUGAGAAAGAAACUAAGACAGAAGCCAUGUGUGUUGCUUCAACUGUAGAAGAAGAAAAUGAGUCAUCAAUGACUAGUGGGGAAACGUCCACAGUUAAACCAGUAAAGGAAGAAGGAAAGGACAUUUCACCAGACAUUUCAACAGUAUCCUCCAUCAAGGAGAAGGAAAGUAAAGAUGUUUUCUCUCAUAUCAUACUCAGCAAAGAGGAUGAGAAAGAUGCCAGUCCAGAUAAAGAGAAAACAGAUGUGAAACUGCUCAUAGAGGACAAAGACAAGGGAAAAGAAGCUCUGUCUGUUAAGGAUGAAGAAUUAAACAUAAAUAAAGUAGAUAGUUCUGAUAUCAAACCCAUAAUGCAGGAGGCCGUAGCAACACAACAGGAAGCCAUAGAGCUCAAAGAAAAAGAGGACGAAGAGGAGAGCACAGCAGAGUUAAAAACAAGUGACAUUUCUUCUAGUUCAACCACCGAAAAUGUUAAAGCUAUUAUCGAAGAAGUAGAAGAAAAACAUAUACAAAAGGAUGAGGGACAAGAGAGAGAAAUAUUUGCCCAAGCUACUAUUGUGACCGAUAAAAUUCUAGUAAAGCAGACAUCUGAUUCCACAGACGACGGUAAAGAGUCACAUUCAGGAGGAGAGGCAGGCCUAGAGAUGCAUUCUCCCUCUGAUAUUUCACAAACUGAGCUAAAAGACGCUGCACCCCAAUCUGAUGAGAAAAAGGAUUCAUGUGUCUCUGAAGAAAAGGGAGCUAAGGAGGAAAGACCUCUAAAGACUGAUUCUCUAGCCUCCACUCCAACAAAGUCCGAGGAAACAUUUGAAGAUACAGCUUCUGCAUUAACUCAGGGUCAGAAGAGAGAGGUAUAUGAAACUCAUGCUGCAGCCCACAGGAGCCACAAAGAAGAGGCUUUGCAAGAUAAAGAAGCAAAGGAUAUCACCACUGAGGAUGAACAGAAGGGAAAAGAAAAAGACGAUACUCAUGUGGCUGAGCUGACUAAAGAACAAAAAAUGGAGAAAGAGCAUGAAAAGGAAUACACAUAUGAAGCAGAAGGUAGCAGAGUUACGAAAGAGGAUCCUAACAUAGAUGAAGGAGAAACAUCUGUUUGCCAAGGAAAAGAUAACAUCGCCUCUGAGGCUGCGCUGGACAUAGAAAAGUAUGACCCACAUGAAGUUGACUGCACCAAGAGGAAAAAUUCUGAGAGUGUGACAGAAGUCCUUGAACAGGCAGGUGCGGUUGGAGCUGAGAGCAUUGAUAAAAUAAACCUAGGGACCGAACGAGUAAGCGAGAGCCAACCAGUGGAAAAGCAAGAGUUCAGUGUCUCUAAGUAUGAUCCAUAUGAAAAGCCUGUCCUCAGAGACCAGGAUUCCAGGAGAGAAGGUGAUGUUUCCCCAAUUUUUGCUCCACCCUCUGACUUUGGCAUUGAUGACAACAGGAGAGCCAGCGAGGCAGAGUGCAGUAGAACCGUGUCCCUUCUUGAUGACCAAUGCAAAGACGAACCGCUGUCUUUCAGUAGGGUUGACUACAGCCCAGUGUCCCUUACGGAGAGCGAAAGAAGUAGCCACCACAGUCAGAGUGCCUCUCCAAUCUAUGAAGACAGAGAAAAGGGCCAAGAAGAAGAGAGUGAAAGAGAAGAAAGACCAGCCACACCUUUUGUUGAGAGGAGCUUCUCGCCAACAGAUAUUCAGGACAACAAAAUGGCCCAGGCUGCCGAGUAUCGCACCUGUGCCUUUAACCUCAAAGAGGACAAACCGGAGAAAUCUGAGAAAGAGAAGGAAGGGGGCGAGGAGAUCCCUGCUUCAGUCACCCAAACAAUGCUUGAGUCAAAAUCGGCCAAGGAAUCUCAAUUACCAGAAGUAUGCUUCCUCACGAAAGAAGAACCCAGUGAGCCAAUGUCUGGAAGUGGUUUGACAACCAGCACUGUUCUAACAGACAGUAAAGGGUCGUCACCAACUUCUCCAGUUAGUGCCUCCCCUGUUCUUCAAGAAAGCUAUGCUGUUCUUGGCCAGUGCAAACCAUCUGAUCAUUCCUACAGUAAAGAUCAUCAAGUUGAAGUGAAGGACAGAGAAGAAGCUAGGAAGCCCUCAGAGUCCCUCGUAUUGCAUUCAAGUGAGGAAAACCAGGGAGAUGAAGUCCAAAAGCUGUCACCGAGUUCAGAUGACAAUGCAGACAGAACAGAGACACACAGGGAAUCUGCCUCAUCCGCAAGCACUUUUACAACUAUAACUUACUCCUCUUCUACAUUCUCCUCUACAUCACAUAGUUACUCUUCAACAGCCGCCGCUUCUGUUUCUUCUAGUCGAAUCCUCGGUGAGGAGAUUACAUUAGAUAAGUCAAUGACAAGUUCUGGUCCUGAAGAGUCUGGUGCUACUUUAAUUAAGGAGGAGAUGCCUUCUGGUGAAGCCCAUAGAGAUGGGUACAUGGAAGUGGUUCAGAAGUCUCCUACAACUGCAUCCAGUGUUCCAGAGGGGUUGACUGCUUCCAAUGAGACAGAAUCAGUCAGCAAAGAGAGCACUGAUGCCUUAGAACCAAAAAUCAUAGCAUCUGUGCCACCUCUACAAAGUACUCAACCAGACAAACCACCGGGGGAUCUAUCUAUAUCAGGAGCCCUUGUUGAUGUUUCCCUGAUACAAAGGGCAGAAUCUCCGGACACAUUGUGCCUAGGUCCAUCCGCAAAAAUGGAAUCCCACGCAUUUGAAAUGGAAGUUGUAGCUCAACCCUGUCCUAUUGAAUGUCUAAAAACGACAGUAACUGGGCAAGAUUCACCGUCUUCUCUCACUGAAUCAUAUGCAAUAGAAGGAAUUACUACAGAGACAAAGACAGUCACUGUAACCUCUGCUACUAGUGUAGUUCCCCGAACUGAUGUGACUAUGUUAACCACUGAACAGACAAGCACUGUAAGCCGCAAUGAACCAUAUUAUGGAGACAUCAAAACUCCAUGUGACACACAGGACCUGACCAAAACAAAUGAGGGACUGCAACCCCAGACCCUCAUCGCAGAGCCUCAAGAAGGCUCAGGUUCAAGAGGGUCCGGCAUUGGACAGAUUCAACUCUUACAGGGGGCCCCAGAGAAAGAUGAAGUCAAAGAAAACACCGAAAUUGAUCAGAAGCAAUGUGAACAUGUAUUAGAUGGCCAAACAAGUGAAUGUAGCAAAGUAGAGGACAGUAAAGAUACUGCUGACUCCAAAGCAGAAAGUUGCAGGAAAGAAGACCCAGAGGUUACCACGUUAGCCAUGCCACUUGAGAAGCUAGCCCUUAGGAGAAAAAGUAGCUUAUCUGACUGGGAGAUGCUGCAGAAGCCCGAAAGCUUCCCAACCGCCCCUCCUCCAGGUUAUGGGGACGACGACGAAGAGACACUGGAGCCAAUGGAGUGGAUGUCCACUCUACACAGCUCCUCUUCAUCUUCCACUAAGGUUGCACAACAAAUAGAGACAUCUGGCGCUGUGGGCAGUCAAUCUGACCGCCCCUCUGACCUGUUUGCGGGAGCACCAUCGUCCUCCUUCUCUCCUCCCGGAUCCUCCUCGUGUGAGUACGCCCACCGAAAGGGGGAGCUCUCUCCCUCGUUCAUCAACCCCAACCUCCACCAGCUGUCCAGUGACGAAACUGAGGAGGACAAAAAAAGCGAUUGUUCCCAAGAGGGGGAUGAAGACGAUCGCGAGCAGCACUCUCUAAAAAGGCGAUCUCACAAGCAGAGGCGCCACCACGCUCAGACUCCCAGUGGAGAAACUGGACUGGGGACACACCCGUUGCCAGGCACCAUGUCGUCUGGGUUGGCCGCAACGCUAGCCGGGGAGGAAACGCCUCCGACCAGCGCGAGCGAAUCACUGCCCUCUCAGUCCGACUCAGACGUUCCCCCGGAGACAGAGGAGUGCCCGUCCAUCACGGCAGAGGGGAACUUGGACUCGGACGAGGACGCAGAACAUCUACCCGUGGACAAAACGUCCGCCUCCGGAGCUGGAGCGGGCCAUCAACCCCCUUCCCCUCGGUCGGCCCAGAAGACACAGGACCCUCUUCCUGCACCCAUGAAGGACCCCUCCCCGGACCCUCCACGUCCAGAUGUCUGCAUGGUGGACCCUGAGGCCCUUCUCAAGGAUCACAUCAGCACGGAGAAACCCCUCAAGAAAGAGCACAAGACGACCAAGGUCCUCAGGAAGAGCAAACCCAAGUCAGCCUCUCCUGCUCGGAAGGGGGAGGGAAGGAAGAGAUCCACUACCCCGGUGAAGCAGAGCACCAAGGAGGGCAGCUCAUCGCGCUCCACCUCUUUAAGGAGGAGGGACACCGAGAGAGGCUCUCGGCUGCUCAAGAUGUCCGAGACUCAAGGGUCUCGCACGGAUAUAAACAACCCUGGAAAGCUCUUGGUCAAUGGUGUGAAAAGCAGUCCAGGGAACACCACCCCAAAGGCAGGUGCAGCAGUACCCUCUGGGCCACCCAUCUAUGUGGACUUGGCCUACGUGCCCAACCACUGCAGUGCCAAGAACGUGGACCAGGAGUUCUUCAAGAGGGUCCGGGCGUCUUACUAUGUGGUUAGCGGCAAUGACCCGGGCAGUGCAGAGCCUAGCCGUGGGGUUCUGGAUGCCCUGCUGGAGGGCAAGUCCCACUGGGGCUCCAACCUACAGGUGACUCUGAUCCCCACCCAUGACACGGAGGUGACCCGGGAGUGGUACCAGCAGACCCACGAGAAGCAGCAGGAGCUCAACAUCAUGGUGCUGGCCUCCAGCAGCACCGUGGUCAUGCAGGACGAGUCCUUCCCCGCCUGCAAGAUCGAGUUCUGAACCUCCUC